AUGUUGUUCAUCAACGUCAUCCUCGCCGUCUUCUUUCAUUUCGCCAGCCUCAUCACAGCAGCAGACACCAACGCUUGGAAGUCUCGCAGCAUCUACUUCGUCCUCACCGACCGCAUUGCGCGCAGCAAUAGCGAUAAUGGCGGUGGCUCUUGCGGAAACUUGGGAAACUACUGUGGUGGCACGUUCAAGGGCCUUGAGUCCAAGCUUGACUACAUCAAAGGUUUGGGGUUCGAUGCAGUCUGGAUCACGCCUGUUGUUGCCAACAGUGCUGGUGGCUACCAUGGCUACUGGGCGCAAGAUCUCUACGCGGUCAACUCAAACUACGGUACUGCAGCCGAUUUGAAGAGUCUCGUAGCCGCCGCUCAUGCAAAGGGCAUAUAUGUCAUGGUCGAUGUCGUCGCAAAUCACAUGGGCCAAGCCGCGAUUGCCGACAAUCGUCCCGCGCCCCUAAACCAAGCCUCCUCCUACCACGCAGCAUGUGAUAUCAACUACAACAAUCAGGCUUCCGUCGAAUCAUGCCGCAUCGCCAAUCUCCCAGAUGUCAACACCCAAUCUUCUGAGAUCCGCUCCCUAUUUAACACUUGGAUCAAAUGGCUCGUAACCGAAUAUGCAUUCGAUGGUGUACGAAUCGACACCGUCAAACAUGUCGAGAAAGACUUCUGGCCUGGUUUCUCAUCCGCGGCCGGCGUCUAUAGUAUCGGAGAAGUGUUUGAUGGAAAUCCAACCUAUCUCGCAGAUUAUGCGAAACUCAUGCCUGGGUUACUAGACUAUGCGACAUACUACCCGAUGAAUAACUUUUACCAGCAGAAAGGAUCAGCCCAGGCAUUGGUAGAUAUGAUGAACACCGUCAAGGAUACGUUUCCGGAUCCAGCAGCCCUAGGCACUUUCCUUGACAAUCACGACAACCCACGGUGGCUGAACCAAAAGAACGACCAAACCCUUCUGAAGAACGCUCUAGCCUACGUCAUACUGUCGAGAGGUAUCCCCAUUCUAUACUACGGAACUGAGCAAGGCUACGCUGGAGGAGCUGAUCCUGCCAACCGCGAAGACCUUUGGCGAAGUAGCUUCAAUACGAAUGCAGACAUGUACCAGGCCAUCAAGAAGUUGACAGCUGCGAGAAAGGCGGCAGGUGGACUGGCUGGAAAUGACCAUACGCAUUUGUACGUAGCAAGCAACGCGUACGCAUGGAGCCGAGCCAAUGGCAACCUUGUCGUUCUCACCACAAAUGCUGGAAGCGGUUCGAAUGCGCAACAUUGCUUCAACAGUCAGAAGGCGAACGGGCGAUGGACUAAUGUCUAUGGCAACGGUGCUACAGUCACUGCUGAUGGCAGCGGCAACCUUUGCGUCAGCGUAACAAACGGCGACCCUGUUGUUCUCGUCGCAUCCUCAGGUACACUGCCUACGACGCCUACGCCUACGACUCUCCGAACCACAGGCACUAUCCGACCUACCGGAACGGCGUGCCCAACGGCAGUUUCUGUCUCGUUCACUCAUCGUAUUGCGACAGUCGUUGGAGACACAAUCAAAAUUGCCGGCAACACCGCACAACUGGGGAACUGGAACCCUUCCAACGCGCCCACGCUCUCAGCUGCGUCAUACACGUCUAGCAAUCCAGUUUGGACGAUAACGUUGCCUCUAGCAGCAGGGCAAGCCGUACAGUACAAGUUCGUGAAGGUAUCGAGCUCUGGCACAAUCACGUGGGAGAGUGACCCGAAUCGGGCCUAUGCGGCGCCGGCUUGCCAGGCAAGUGCGAGCGUGAGUAGUACAUGGCAAUAA